ACACUUAUUUUAUACUUAACUGAUUAAAUGAAUAAGUGAUUGAUUUUGUCUUUCACGAUAUGGAAGUAUUGGAAUUAAAUGUGUGGCCAGGUGACUGGGGUUUACCAUCACUGGAUUUGGAAUGUUUGCAAGUAUUGGUUUAUGCUAAAUUUAAUGGUAUCAAUGUAAAAGUAAAUUAUACUAAUCCAUACAAUGCGCCUUAUGGUCGACUGCCUGUAUUACAAACUGAUAUGAGCAAAUUAGAUACGGCUGAAAAAAUAAUCGCUUAUUUUAAAGAAAAACAGUGUAGUAAUUCGGAAGACAGAUUAGCGCCAGAAGAAUGCGCAACCGCUUUAGCAUAUGCGAAUUUAUUAAGAGAUAAAUUAUAUCCCGCUUUACAAUUUAUUUGGUGGAUAGAUAAAAAAAAUGUAGACGAAUUAAUACGUCCAUGGUACUGUAGAACGCUACCUUUCCCCAUAAAGUUUUAUUAUCCUGGAAAAUUUGAACGACAGUCACGUACUUUGUUUGAGUGUUUAUAUCCUAUAGAGGAUAAUAUCACUGACAUAGAAAAUAAGGUAUACUCUGAUGCACGAAAAUGUUUGACUCUGUUAUCUACAAGACUUGAAGAUUCAAAUUACUUCUUUGGAGACAGUCCUACUAUAUUAGACGCUACUCUGUAUUCGUAUUUGGCACUGCUGCUCAAAAUUCCCCUACCGAAUCCGACGUUACAAAACCAUUUGAAGGCCUGUACAAAUUUAGUCAAAUACGUAUCGCGUAUAUCGCAAAUGUAUUUUGAACACGAGAAUCAAGAAUACGAACAACGCAAGGCCGAUGAAAAUACACAUACUGUAAAGAAAGAUUCGGAAAGUGAAUUUCCUAAUAAGAGAAGGAAUCAAGUUUUUGCUGGAGUUUUUGCUACUUUAGCAAUGGCCGUUUAUGCAGUUUCAAAUGGACUAGUACGGAAAUCCGUUAUUUUAAACUAGUGACAACAACGAAAACUAUCAAUAUUGUGUAAGGAAUGUCUGGAUAAAAGCCUUCCAAAGAGAAAGUAUAAUUAGAGAAGAAACUGCCACCAUACUUCCUAGAUAAGAAUUCGCAA